UGUACUUUCUUUAUGGCUUCUACUCAUCCUUAUAAUCAAAUCUUGUUGUUUGGUGACUCUAUCACACAGUUUAGUUUCGACCCUGAACUCAAAGGCUUUGGUACCCGCUUAGCCAAUGCCUAUGUUCGCAAAACAGACGUGAUCAACCGAGGAUUCUCAGGUUAUAACACAGACUGGGCCCUUCCUAUUUUACGACAAUUAUUACCUACUGUUCAAGCUCAAGCUGAACAGGGCUGCUGUAUUCAACUGAUGACCAUCUUUUUCGGCGCCAAUGAUGCAGCUUUGCCCAUCACAGGUCAAAAUGUACCUUUAAACCGUUACAAGUCUAAUAUCAAGGCCAUGAUCGAUAUGAUUCGAAACCCUACCUCACCUUUCUAUAACCCUAAAUUACGAUUGAUUUUGAUUACUCCUCCUCCAUUGAACGAGUCUCAAUGGAGCAAGCACUGUGAAGAGCGAGGCGAACAACUCAACCGUUUCAACAAGGCUGCACGCGAAUAUGCCGAAUGUGUCAUGGACAUUGGCCGAGAAACACAAACACCUGUGGCUGAUAUAUGGUCGCGUAUCAUGGAUAAGGCAGUGGAUAGUGAUCUUUCCGACUUUCUUCUGGAUGGUCUGCACUUGAAUGAAAAGGGAUACAAGGAAGUAUACGAUGUUCUGAUGGAGAUAAUUAAUGAACACUAUAAAGAAAUUCAUCCUGACCAAUUAGGAGUAGAACUUCCUUAUUUUAGAGAAUUGAUGAAGGCAAAAGAUAUUCAUCGUUGUCUUGAGUUUCCUCUUUUAAAAUAGACUAAAACGGAAAAUAACGUUUGUUUGUUAAGGAAUAAACAGUGCUUUAUAAACA